UCUACUUUCACAGACCUCUCCAAUGGCUGCUAAUAACUCGAUUAUAGCUCCUUUCUCAUGUAGUAAAGGCUCACGGCCUGUGAUUCCAACGACCCCUUUACUCACUUUCCUCGAACGUGUCCAAGAAACGGCUUUCCAAACUUAUGGGAGAUCAAAUUUUGAUCCCAAAAACUACGUCGACUUGUCGUUGAAGUUCGACCUUUCAAGCACAGUGGAGGCGUUCGAUCAAAUUCCCAAGACAGAAAAUGGGUUAAUCUCGGUUAAGGAUUUCGAAGGGUUUAUAGGAAAAUGGUUUAAGAGUGCAGGGGAAGACCUUGUGUAUGCCGAGCCGGUGGAUUUUGAACCCGAGCCUCGUGGGUUUUUGCCCCAGGUGGAGAACAGUGAGGUGAGAGCUUGGGCAUUAGAGGUGCAUGGUUUGUGGAAAGAACUGAGUAGGAAAGUUUCCGACUCGGUUCAUGAUAAACCCGAGUUGCAUACUUUGCUUCCACUGUCGGAGCCUGGCAUGAUCGCUGGUUCCCGGUUCAGGGAGGUUUAUUAUUGGGAUUCUUACUGGGUUUUAAGAGGGCUGCUGGCAAGCAAAAUGUACGAGACUGCGAAAUCUAUAGUUACUAAUCUCAUUUCGUUGCUAGAUACAUAUGGUUAUGUACUUAAUGGUGCGAGAGCCUAUUAUACGAAUAGGAGCCAGCCUCCACUCUUGAGUGCAAUGGUUUAUGAGAUAUACAAUAAGACUGGUGAUUUAGAUUUGGUGAGGAAGGCUCUCCCGCCAUUGCUUAAAGAGUAUCAGUUUUGGAAUUCAGAAAUUCAUACUUCGAUCGUCCAUGAUGCUGAGAAUCGUAAUCACUUUGUGAAUCGGUAUUAUGCGAUGUGGAACAAACCCAGGCCUGAAGCUUCAGCUAUUGAUAGACGAUUUGCUUCCAAGUUAUUGAAUGUUGAUGAGAAACAACAAUUUUACCGAGAGGUUGCUUCAACUGCCGAAUCCGGAUGGGAUUUCAGCUCAAGAUGGAUGAGGAAUCCUUCUGACUUUACAACAUUAACCACAACAACAAUUUUACCUGUCGAUUUAAAUAUAUUCAUACUGAAGAUGGAACUUGACAUCGCCUUGUUUGCAAAACUUGUUGGAGAGAAUGCCAUUGCUGAGGAAUUCCUCAGAGCUUCUCAGACAAGAAAGAAGGCGGUUGACUUUGUUUUUUGGAACGAAAACAUGGGACAGUGGCUGGAUUAUUGGCUUAACAAUGGUGCUGAAUCCAAGGAACCUCAUACAUGGGAAGCUCAGAAUCAGAACAAGAAUGUGUUUGCUUCAAACUUUGUUCCCUUGUGGGUAGAUUUGUUCAACUCAGAUGCUUCUCUGGUAGAGAAGGUGAUGAGAAGUCUUCAAAGUUCAGGCCUGCUUUGUGCUGCUGGAAUUGCUACCUCUUUGACAAGUUCAGGACACCAAUGGGACUACCCGAAUGGUUGGGCUCCGAUGCAGCACAUGAUAGUUGAAGGUUUGUCAAGAUCUGCAUCAACAGAAGCAAGAAAGCUAGCGAAAGACAUUGCUGAAAGAUGGAUCAGAGCCAACUACAUUGCCUACAAGAAAACAGGAAAGAUGCAUGAGAAAUAUAACGUGGAAAAGUGUGGCGAAUAUGGCGGUGGUGGCAAUUAUAAACCCCAGACGGGUUUCGGGUGGUCGAAUGGAGUAGUGUUGACAUUCUUGGAGGAAUUUGGAUGGCCGGAAGAUAAAAAAAUAGAAUGCAACUAAUCUUUCGAAAUAGGUUUCGUUCAUAGAACAACAAUAUAUUUGAUGUUCGGGUACUUUUCCAACUUUGU